UGUUGUAUGUCGCACCUGGUCCAGACCAGUUCGACAUUUUGAUAGACCAGCACAAUGAGACAUCUGACGGCAUUGGCGGUUCUCGCUUUUUCUGCUCUGGCUUUUUCAGAGGCGGCUGUUUACAUUGGCGGUGGCUGCUACGACUGUAAUCCUCCCGGAGGCCAAGGACCCGGAGUCUACACAGGUGUAAACGGAGGUCGUGGAGGAGGAGGUGGAGGAGGGAGUUAUUACAACAACGGAGGUGGAGGGGGAGGUGGCGGUGGACGUCCAGUUUAUUCGGGCAACUUUGGACCCGGCUAUAGCAACGGUGGAGGAGGGGUGGAGGUCGCGGCGGCGGAGGAGGAGGAGGAGGCGGUUACGGUGGAGGUGGUUACGAUGACGGCGGUAUAACACAGAUUAUAAGAGGAUGAGAAUAUAAUCUAAAGGCUUUGUCGCCUCUAAGCCCCGCAAAUGAGCAAACGUCGGCUGAUAUUCAGAUUGUUCAUAUUUAUAUAGAAUAAAAUAAAAAACAAACAUAAA